AUGACUGGCGGCGGCAAGUCUGGCGGCAAGGCCUCUGGUUCCAAGAACGCGCAAUCGCGUUCCUCCAAGGCUGGUCUCGCUUUCCCUGUCGGUCGUGUCCACCGUCUCCUCCGAAAGGGUAACUACGCUCAGCGUGUCGGUGCCGGUGCUCCCGUCUACCUCGCUGCCGUCCUUGAGUACCUCGCUGCCGAAAUUCUCGAGUUGGCUGGCAACGCUGCUCGCGACAACAAGAAGACCCGUAUCAUUCCCCGUCAUCUUCAGCUUGCCAUCCGAAACGAUGAGGAGCUGAACAAGCUUUUGGGUCACGUCACCAUCGCUCAGGGCGGUGUUCUCCCCAACAUCCACCAAAACCUUCUGCCUAAGAAGACAGGCAAGACUGGCAAGACCUCAAGCAUGGAGCUGUAA